AUGAGGCUUUCGACGCUCCUCGUUGCCGUUAACUACCUCGGCUUAGCCUCCGCUGCGUCCAUCGCCAACCCUGCCGACAGCUUGCAUACUCUAAAUAAGAGAAAUUGCUUUGAAAGUGGUGUGAGCUUUAGCUCUGAUCGGGGCACUGCUGUAGCUAAAGCUCGAACGGCCUGCAACGGCCCCUUGAAGGGCACAUAUCGCAAGGGCCACAGUCACGAUCGAUCCGAAUGCUACAAUCUCUCCGGUAGCAAGCAAGUAAAAUUCACCGUGGGCCUCACAGGCCCUAAUGCCGGUGACUCGGCCAGCCUUAGUUUCGAAGACUGCCUCGACGGCCUUUCGAGUGAGAUCUACAAUUGCGGUAAGGGAGGUGACACAACUUACGGGCAUUGGCGUUAUAGGGCCGAUCCGAACGAGGGACUGUGUCGAACUUUGUCGUAA